UCUUAAUUGUACUUAUAAAAAUUGUUUUUCGAAAACAAAGUUCGUCAAUAUUGUCCUUUACAUCCAGCAUGGCGACUAAGUGGAUACUUCUGGUGGUAUCAUUAAUUUUAACCGAUUGUUGGUGUGUGAAUAUAGAAAGUUUGAAUGGAAAUUGGACCGUUAGGUCUGACAAUGGAGAAUAUCAUGACAUACCUGCUACCGUGCCAGGUGGAAUUUAUAGCGAUUUGAUGAAUUAUGAAAUCAUAGGAGAUAUUUUUCAUGGUUUUAACGAUGUUAACACCAAAUGGGUGCCAAGGCUUAACUGGACGUAUUUUAGAACUUUCCAAGUUGAUGAUGAUCUUCUACGAAAGGAAAACGUCAAUUUGGUCUGUGACGGUCUCGAUACUUUUGCUGAUAUCUAUAUAAAUAACGUUCUUAUUGGUUCCAGUCGUAACAUGUUCGUUAGAUACAUUUUCGAUGUUAAAAAUGCCCUAAAGACAGGAGAUAACUAUAUUGAGGUAAGAUUUAAAUCUCCUAUCGAGAUGGGAGAUGCUUUGGCUCAAGAACAAGCUAAAUCAUACGUGGUUCCUCCCGAAUGUCCUCCAAAUGAGUAUAACGGGGAAUGUCACGUUAAUAUGAUCAGAAAGAUGCAAGCAUCUUAUUCUUGGGAUUGGGGCCCUUCUUUCCCUUCCGUUGGAAUUUGGAAAAAUAUUUAUAUUGAAAGUUACAUUGAAACUACUAUAAGAUACGUAUCUGUAGACGUCACUGAUGAUGGAAUUAAUUGGCAUGCGAAUGUAGAUGUUUAUCUAGCUAAAAACGGCAAAAAUAAAGUAACGGGGCAAUUAACGAUAAAUUUACAAACAGACGGUACACCUAUUGACGAAUACAUUGACGUCGAUGUGUCACCGAACGAAUACGGUGAACUAGUAAAAAAUUUCGAAAUCGUCGUUCCCAAGAACAUAGUUAGUGCAUGGUGGCCAAAUGGAUAUGGAGAACAAUAUUUAUACGAUUUAACAGUAACAGUUACUACUAACGGACAGAUCGAAGAUACCAAGACUCAACAUAUUGGAUUUAGAAAAAUUGAAUUAAUCCAAGACCAACUCAAUUAUGGAACGACUUUCUACUUCAAAGUGAACGACUUACCAAUAUUUAUGAAAGGUACUAACGAAAUUCCCUUGGAUAUUCUUCCGGAAAGAGGUCAAGAUCCUACUCUAAUAGAAACCCUGUUGGGAACCGCUAGGGAUGCUCACAUGAAUAUGAUACGUGUUUGGGGCGGAGGGGUGUACGAAUCGGAUUACUUUUACGAUACUGCCGAUCGAUAUGGAAUCUUAAUAUGGCAAGAUUUUAUGUUCGCAUGCGCCAUGUAUCCUACUUACGACAGUUAUUUAGAGAACGUUUUAGAAGAAGUGCGGCAUCAAGUUAAUAGAUUACGUAGUCAUCCGAGUAUUGCUUUGUUUGCUGGAAACAACGAAAACGAAGCUGCUUUACGUCAAAGUUGGUAUGGUACAUCUGACAAUUUUGAUCUAUAUUACAACGACUUUAUAAAAUUAUACAUCACCACUAUCCAAACCGAAUUCAAUCGUAUAACACGAAAUAAAAGAAUAUUCUUAAGCUCGAGUCCCACUAAUGGAGUCGAAUCGAUUAGCGAAGGAUAUGUCGCACAGAAUCCUGGCGAUUAUGCUUACGGAGACGUCCAUUUCUACAAUUACGUAGCCGAUCCUUGGGAUUCGAAUGUAUAUCCAGUAUCGAGAUUUUCUUCCGAAUACGGUUACCAAGCAUUACCUGGUUAUCAGUCCCUUAUAACGGCUGCCGAUCAAGAGGGUGAUUUAAAUAUGGAAAGUGAGUUUAUGUACCACAGGCAACAUCAUCCCGGUGGAAAUGAACAGAUGAAAGAAUUGAUCGAAUUUAAUUUGAACUUACCAGAAAAUUAUAAUGUUAAUUAUUCUAAGGCUUUCAUCUAUAAACUUCAAAUUGCCCAAGCCCUCGGUAUUAAAAUAGAAACAGAACAUUAUAGGCGUUAUAGAAGUACACUUAACGAUCAAGGUUUGGGUGGUACCAUGGGCGCCCUCUAUUGGCAAUUGAAUGAUGUAUGGUUAGCUCCUACUUGGUCUGGUAUUGAUUUCACUGGUAAAUGGAAAAUGUUGCAAUAUUUCGUUCAGGAAUUUUUCUAUCCGAUUAUCAUAACUGGUCAUAUAGAUUCUCAACGUAAUUUGGAUGUUUACGUUGUACUCGAUUCGAUUUACGUAAUUGGAGAACAAAACGAUUUAACCGCCUCAAUUCAAGUUUUCAAUUGGAAUUCUUUGCAACCGAUACACACUGACGAGAUUGCCGUCGAUGUGAAUGAAGGUGAAUCUGCUCUUAUUAAAACAAUUCCGACCGAUCAAUAUUUGUCCGAUCUGAACUGCGGUGACGUAAACAAUGCGAAAUUCAACUGCUUCUUCUCUUUGUCUAUGAGGAAUUCUAAUGGUAAUAUCGGUUACAAAAACUACGUUUUUCCGGGUACACUCAAGUAUUCGAAUUUGCCACGAGCCAACGUUAGAAUUGGUUCAGUAACUACCAUGAUGGAAGAUCCGAGUCAGUACUCUAUAACUGUGAUAUCAGAUAAUAUAGCGCUGUUCGUUUGGUUGGAAACGCCAGUCAAAGGAGAAUUUUCACAGAACGGUUUGGUAUUAACAGAAGGAACGACGAACAUUAUUUUCCAUAGCAAAGAAGCUACGUCGGAGGAAUCGUUAAGAAACACAUUAACUGUAAUUCAUUUAAUGGACGAAAAUUACAUGUAAAUAAAUUUAUAAAAGUGUUGGAAUCA